AUGACCUUGCAGCCGUGGGAAGAAUUCAACCGACACGCACGACGGGAAGCGGAGACACUGCGAAUUUUCAGUCCAAAUGGCGAAAAGCUGCUUGACGAGAGCAGCGGAGAGGGUGGACGGCCCGAAGACUUCAAUGAUAGGCCAGAGGUGGACAGAAGAGUCCUUCGGCGGAUUCUUCUAGAAUCGUUGAAGGAAGGCACCGUGGAGUGGGAUUCCAAGUUGAUUGGGAUCGAAGAAGCGGCGGACGGAAAGCUGCAUCUGAAAUUCCCCGAUCGCACAGAGGAUGCUUUCGACGUAGCCGUCGGCGCUGACGGAGCCUGGUCGAAAGUUCGGUCGAGGCUCACGGAGCAAAAGGCCCUGUACUCUGGGAUUGGCGGCCGUGAAUGCUUCAUCUCGGCAGCAGACUCUAGAAAGCCCAAUCUGGCCGAGCGAGUCCGAAAAGGAAUGUGCUUGACACUGUGGAAGGAGCGAGGAAUCAUGGCCCAGACCAACAGCAAUGGCAUCCAAAUCUAUGCGUUCGCUCGCAUUCCUGAAGCCUGGCACACAAGCAGUGGCAUCGACUCCACCACCCCAAAAGCCAAGCAACAGGUGAUUGACGCCCCGUACUCAGACUGGGACUCUACAGCAAAGUGGCUGGUCCUCGAAAGCGACACCGAGGCGAAUGCUCGACCGCCGUACAUGCUGCCUGUCGAUUUCGAAUGGCCACACAACCCACGGUAA